AUUCGUGCUCCACGUUUUGAGGGUCUUGUGCCAACCCACUUGCGUGCGCGGCGGCGGAGCGGCUUUUCCAUACGAGGCGAAGCUUGUGGAGUAUUGUCGGGAGUUUACGAAUCAACCAUCCACCGCAAAGAUCCGCACAAUUCAGGCAGUAAACAUCGGACGGUCGCGGAGAAAGUUGCCUUAAGCUGUUCAACAUGGAGUCUGUUCUUGGGAACCGACCUACAUCAUGCGACACCUUUGUGGCCUUGCCACCGGCCACACGCAAUGACUGCAUCGUGUUUGGCAAGAACUCUGACCGUCCCGCGGGGGAGGUGCAGGAGGUGGUGUACGUGCCCAAGACCCAUCACAGCACUUCAACCAAGUUGCAGUGCACCUACAUUGAAGUUGACCAGGUGGCCGAGACGUGCGCAGUCAUGCUGAGCAAGCCGGCCUGGAUGUGGGGUGCCGAGAUGGGAGCCAACGAGCAUGGUGUCUGUAUUGGCAACGAGGCCAUCUUUACACACCUCAAUGGACCAGAUGACCGCACCGAACGACUGCUGGGCAUGGACUUGGUGAGGCUCGGCCUGGAGAGGGGCAAGACGGCCCGCGCGGCACUGGACGUAAUAGUGUCGCUGCUGGAGAAGCACGGUCAGGGCGGACCCUGCUCGGACACGGACCUGUCGUUCACGUACCACAACAGCUUCCUCAUCGCCGACCGCACCGAGGCGUGGGUGCUCGAGACGGCCGGAAAGCUGUGGGCAGCCGAGAACAUCAAGAGUGGCUGCAGGAACAUCUCCAACUGCCUUUCCAUUGAGACCAAGAUUGACCUGUGCAGCCAAGGGCUGAAGGAGGAGGCAAAGCAGCUGGGUUUCUGGAACGACAGCCGGGGGGACCUCAACUUUCGCCUGGCAUUCAGCACGGGUGAGGUCGACAGCCGCUACACGUGCGGGAAGCAGCUUCUUGAGAAGCUCUCGGCAAAAGAAGAAGGCAUUGGAGAGCAGGAAAUGAUGAGGGUGCUCAGGGACAAGUGUAGCGGCAUUUGCAUGUCCUCCGGCUCCUUUGUGUCCACAGGCAGCCAGGUGUCUGUUCUCUCUGCUGCUUCGAGCAAGAGGCUGUGCUGCCACUGGUUCACGGGCACACCUGACCCGGCACACUCAGUGUUCAAGCCCUUCAUUUUUUGUGAUCAAGUGGUUCCUUCACGCCACAUCGUCUCUCCUGUGUUCGAGCACGACCCAGCGAAGACCAAGCCACGCUUCGAGUUCACCGUCGACCGUCGUCACACCCUGUAUCGGCACCACGAGCAGGCCCUGCAGGCGAUGCAGACAGGCAGUGCGUCGGGCAAAGAACUGCACGCGCUCAUGACUGAGCUGGAGGCCAAGUGCAUCCGAGAGGUGGACAGCUACCUGGACAAUCCCGGGAGUACGCAGGAGCUGCAGGAGCUCUUCAAGGAUGUCGUUGAUAGCGAGAUCAAGUUCUACAAGUAGACGGCGUUCCCCCUUGCUUGUGUGGCACUUGCAUGCACCGCCUUAUGUGUUGUUGGAUGAGUCAAGGAGACUUGCUCACUCGCCGUGCAUGCGUUUUGUUGCUCCCUUUUCUUUGCCAUUCCACUGCCACCGUUUCUCAACUCGGGGCACUCUGUGUGCACUGAACUGUAUACAGGUUGUGGGAGUGCUUUUCUUUUGGUGAGCUUUGAUGAAGCUAUACACUUCUUUUUUUGCCACUGGUUCAUUAUAACAAUUACUAUUAAUGCCUGUUAACUCAGUGUGGCAAUAGUUAGACAUAAUGCUGCCUUAUCUGCUUGCAAUGAGUAGCUGGGGUGCCUGCUUGUGUUGACCACGAAGCACAUACGUGCAGGCCUUUUCUUGAAGGAUCGAGGUGUGCUUGUUUUGUCACACGUUCAUUCACUCAGUUGGGUUGGUGGGUGUUGCACAGACGUGAGCAGCUGUUAUCUUUGCUGAGUUUCUUUGUCUUAAGACAGUGGUAAUGGCGACUCGUUGAUGUAUUGUAAUGCUUCCUGUUUCUAAGUCAUUUUCUUUUUUAUUUAGAAACAAAGAUUCUAGUGUGCAAUAGGCUGUUUCUGUAUGCUGUGAUAGAUUGCUUUUUGGUGUACUACUCGUAACAUACAAUCAAGGGCGUUUCUUUUAGGUGUGUUAUGCGACACUCACGGUUUGGGCUUCGUAUAUUUUGAGAAUGAUGCUCUGAUUGAAGUACUAGUAAUAUGCAACAUGCAUAUUGUAAGGCCACAUGAACAUAAACAGAUGACCAAAUGCUUUCUACAUUCAAUCUCUUGACAUUAUGCUCAGUGUUUUGAGCAUUAUUCGUGGUUUCUUGUUGCUUUGCAUUUUAAUGUAGCCAAGUGAGGAUUCCAGUGUCAAUAUAAUUGGCACGAUCCUCAAAACAUUCUUGGAUGUGAAGAUUAAGUAGCACACCUUAACAUUCAGGACUUUGCCGACUAUCAUUUGCUGUGCUCUGCUCAAAUCAGUUGGUGUGGUGGACGAGUGGGCAAGACGAUCCAACAGCAUGCUAAAUUUGCAGUGUAAUUAUUGAUUUAUGAUAGUGUGCUCAACACUUUAGUCACCUGCAACUCAUAAGUAAAAAGUUGGUUAUUUUAAUCUACUGUUAAAUUGUAAGCUGCUCUGAACGCUUGUCAAAAAGCAUAUCUUGAAGGUAGCUUUCAAAGGAACUGUAACAAAUGUAAAAUGAUUAUAGAGAAGUUUGAUUUCAAUAAAGCUGUGCAUGUGUAGUUAUUUCUUGUGCCCUUGUGGGGAUCUUUUAUUUUUUAGUGUAUUGUAUUUUCUUUGGUUGGUUCAGAUAGAGAGCUGUAUUGAUUAUCUCUUGAUUAAAAUCUUAUUUCGUUGUAGCGCAAGCUGAACAAGGACAACAGAAAGGCACAUCUGACACACACAGCACUAACUUUUAACAACAGAUUUAUUUCCUUUUCUCAUCGUUAUAUAUACACCCUCGAAACGUCAUACAACACGUAAAAUAUUUCGGUAAAAAUGAACAAAAAAUAAACUGGGAACCACAUGUAAGCAGUUUUUUUACUCACAUAUUCACAGACAUGUACAUGUUCAGCGCGAACAAAGAUAAUUCAGCUCUUUUGAGGAUAAUGAAAUGGAAGGUUUACUGAUGCAUGCGUUGCUGAAUGUUGAUGUGUCUAGCUUCUAUUAUCAAGUGCGUCGUCUCACACCUGCUUCUACUCAUGAUGACUGUUUCUUUAAAUCUAGGUUUGCAUUUGCAUCUCUGGCAGUAGAUGGCAAGAAAGCCGUCAGUGGCCAAGUUGCUUACUUUGUCACUGUGUUCUCGUAGCCUGCCAGUUAUGCAUCUGUGUGUGUCAGAUGUGCCUUUCUGUUGUCCUAGUUCAGCUUGCACUACAUUGAAAUAAGAUAUGCUGUACCAACAAGCCCCUAUAGCUAUCCUCAUCGACUUGAUUAAAAGGUGUGUGCCAAUUUUUGCGGCAGGUCUUCGGCGCUUCCUGUUUUGGCUUCAUAUGUGGCUUGCAUGCACUUGUCUAAAGGUGACCCAGAAUGCUUCCACAUUCAGAACAUGUUUUCUUGGAGCUUUGCAUGUGUAUGCUACAGAACUUAUGCUUCUGUGAUGUCCUGUGAUGACCAGCCUUGCACAUAGUUGAAGGUUUGAUACAUACAGCAUGAGGCAAGAUUUGACUGACUGUCUGCCUUGUGUAAUGCUGCGAGAGAUUGUUGUUAAGACGAGCACUAUGAUAUGUGCUACAAGGUAACGACACUUGAAUGUAUGUAUGGCAUGUGACAUGGAAAUAGUCUAAGAUAGAGAUGGUUUAUCUUUUUAUGAGGUACAAGAGACAAGGUGCAUGGUGAAUCUGCAAUGUAAUUAAGCAUCAGCUCAGAGCUAUUGUAGGCCUUUUUUUCAUUUUUUUUCUUUUCUUUUACUAUUACAGAGUUCCUUUAGACAUAUGUUUGGUCAUUGCUUCCAUGAUGGGCACACCAUAAAAGUAUCUGUUACUUUUUCUAGGGCCUCUGCUGGCUGUGCUCUUGUUGCUGACCUGCUCUGCUAUUAUUCACAUAUAGUGACAGAUAGCUGGUAAAGAAACUAAUUUUAAAAAAGUGCUACACUAUGUAGAAAAAAACUCUGCUUAGCUUACAUAAGUUGGCACUGCUUCAUAUGAGUUGUGCCAUUUGGUAACCACAAUACAGUUUGCUAGCACAUUUUGUGAAGCAUGACGAUGAGGUAAAGUCGUUACGUUUGUGUUCUAUUCCAAGGCCUCUCGUGAAACCCAGUGAUAACUUGCUUCACAAUGGAAAACAUUUUCUUGAAUGCUGGGCAGAGCCACACAGGCGGUAGCUCAAAUUGAGAAUUUGAGUAUGUGAGGACUUCUUACUCGUGCUGUCAGCGUUUUCUUUUCUUCAAUCAUCGAUGGAUGAACUUCCUGCGGGUAGGCAGAGGUGUGUUUAUAAAUUGCGAACUGUGGCGUGUAUGAGUAAAACUUGUUGUGAAAGAACACAGAGGUAAUUGAUCCUGAACAUGUUAGUUUAGCAGCUUUUUGUGUCCAUGCCGCGGUACAGAGGAGGAGUAAGUGUGCUUGCAAUCACUUUUUGCAUAUGUGUGAGACACAUGAAACAUUUCGCUGUGGUCAUUUCACUUUUGACAUUUCUCUUCUCUCCUUGAGAACACAGAGCUUUUACUGUAGCAGCUCACACACCCUGUCUGUUUAAUAACUAAUGGGUGCUCACUGUAGCCGUAGACAGUAUGAUUGUGCGUGACAGUUCGGUGCCACUUAUUCAAAACGUUCCUUAAGGUUGUGAGAAUCACGAACGCUUGCAAGAAAAGCAAAAGGGUUCCUUCGUUGCUCGAAUGUUUUGCUAACGUACAUCUCAGAUCAAAAGAAAGAUGUGCCAGCUUAAGUAAACAUGGUCGAGGAUGACAAGUAGCAUGGUAAAUUAACUCUUGUUAUAGUGCUUUGAAAUAAAGUCUUGUUUGUGAUGUGGGGCAUGUGGUGUGAGAAUGGCAUUGCAUUGCGCUAAAACUUUUCUUUGUGUGUACAGUGACAUUACACAGUACUUUCAUUAAAGCAAUGCUGACGGCAAAUAUUGAAUUAGUCUAGAUUGUUAGAUUAGACUUUGUGGAUGACUCAGUUGCAGAAUUGCAAUUGCCCUGAAAAGGCUUCACAAUUAUUCCACAAUUCAAAUGCUGGUGAUUGUGGAUGUCAUGCAUUGCUCCCUGUUUUAAGUCGAGAGUACCCUGCAUUUCAAUAAAAAGCACUGAUGAAGCAGUGUGAAGAGGUAGCACCAGUGAGUUCUGUAAGGAAAUUCAACAAUAUCGACCAAUCUGCACUUUAUUCCCUGUAGGACUGCAAUCUAAUGACUAUUUUAUUAUCAACGCGUGGCUGCAGUUUGCCAAUUAUAGAUGGGACACCUUACACAUUGGAGGUGGUUCUGUAUCUUCACGAUGGUAGGAUCAAUCCUGCCUUGCAAUUAUGUCAUUUUCUCACUUGCAGGCACUCUGUCCAAGGCAUGAUGUUUUGGGAAUUUUUGAAAGCUAGUCUUACCUACUUAGAUAAACAUAAUAUUUGCCUCUAGUACACCUUAGGGUGACAAUUCCUCCUUACAGACCUCUUUCGCUACUUUUAGCAACCUCAUUUGCUUGUGCUUUUGUUUGGUUUCUUGCCACUUGCUACAUGCUAUUUGAAUGUUUGCAGACAGAGUUGUUGAAGUGGCUGAUAAGAUGUUGCCGACUUGGGAAGAAGCAAGUCAAUAUAAGUUCUUGCCAUUACUUGCACGACUGUUGUCAUUCAUGCUGUUGGCCUCGAGGCGUCCCUUAUGGUCUCCAUCCUCCCGUUCCUGUGCUUUAGCCCCAAUUGCUAGUCCUUUGUUCUGUACCACAGGCUUUUUAAAUGCAAGUGGGGAUACAAUGACUUUGGUAGAGAUUUGCUUGGGACUUCAUGGCCUUCCUGUGUAUGGGCUAGCAUUAUACGGGGUUUUAGGAGACUGAGCUAACAGACAUGGAUGUGGAGUAUGCAUUCAUGCCUGCUAAGGUUGUGGCAGCAGGAACAGUGUUUUGUUUAUUAGCCACAAUGUGCCAGGUGUUUACAGCUUUGCUACAUCAGCACUUUCUGAUGUCAUUAGGAGCGCGGGAGACUUCAAGUGCAACUUUGUUGUUUGUGUUUGCCUUCAAGCUAUAAUCGUACAGUCCACGGCUCUGUGAGCAAAAGCUAUCUGGGCACUGUGUAAAGCGGCUAUUGUGCGGAGAUUGUGCUUUGUUUUGGAAAGAUAAAUGAAUCCCGAGCUCAGCUGUGUUGUUAGGCUCCUUUUCUUUUGUUUCUGCGACCACAAUUCUUGCUAGCACACUCUUUCACGAAAACACUGAUUUAAACAGCACCGAUAAGCAUUGAAACAAAGCUUGGAGUGUCGUAGGAGUGCACUUUGGGUUGUGUAAUAGUUACAUACCCUAUCAUCGGUAAACUGUAUAAGCUGAAGCAGUCCUUAUAGCUGCCAGGGUGCAGCAACCCGUGUUUCCAAAGUUUCUGUGGCACGAUGUGUACUUUUGUUUACCUUAUUCAUGUCAUCAAAAAUGUGCUAUGGGCUUGAGUGCACGCUGAAGCUUAAAUAUACAAUCUGGAGGAUUGCUGUUAUCUUGUUGCUUUGGUAGCUUUGUUGCCAGAGUGCAUAAGCUCAAGCUCACAUUGACUGGAUUUUGUCUGUUGUAAUCUUUACUGUGAAAAGCUCAAGUGUAUUUGUGUGUACAUGCUGCAGCAUACUGAAUGACUGCAGAGAUGGCAUCCUUGUUAAGUAAGGCAUGCGUUGGGUAACUGAGACAUUUGUGGCCAACGUAUAUUCAUGUAAACCUUUCGGUGAAGUUCCUAUUGUUAUUUUCAAGGUACAGGUUAUUUUUGGCACCAGUUGUUCCUCCUUUCUGUUCUGAUUGUUAUUUGUUUACAAAUUUUGUUGUGGCCAACAGUGUUCUCCACAGUUUGGUACUUUGAUAUCUGCAGUAAUUUGCUUUGCAAUAGCACUUGCACUUGUCUUCCUUUUGAGUUUAGUGCAUGGCUAAGUUUGCCUUAUUUGACCAUGCUUCGUUUGAAAGAAUGAGUGUCAAUAAAGAAUGGCAGCUUGA